AUGCAGAAUGACGAUUGGCUUACCGUUUGUGAUAAUCUUACAAAGGUGCAAGGCCACUGCUCAUCCGCUCGUCGCGUUUCCCGUCCCUCCAAGAUGAACGCCGCCGUAUACGCUGCGGUAGACGCUGGUACCGUCUCCCAACUGUUAGCACCAGACCUCGUGGGCAUCCUGAUCAGCUACUUCCUCUAUGGCGCUCUGUUCCUGCAAAUGUUCACAUAUAUCACGCACUUUCGACGCGACAGAUUGAUCGUGGCGGUGACAGUUUAUGGUGUCUUCCUUGCCGAAACUCUACUCCUCAUCGUCACAACGCGCGUGGUCUACGCACUUCUGUGUGAAGGCUGGGGAGAUCAGCAAGCGUUGAAUCGGUUGACAUGGGUGGAUGCUUUCAUACCGGUACUGUCGGGUGUCAUAUCCGGUGGCGUUCAAACCUUCUACGCCUUCAGGAUCUACAUACUUGGAAGGAGAACGAUGACUUGGGCAAGCGCUGCGUUGGUCACCGUUCCAUUCAUGAUUGCAUCUACCAUCGGCGCUUUGUAUGCGGGCUUCAGAACUAUUGCCGACACGUCUCUGGCGGCCAUCCAGAUCGUUCAGCCAGCGAUCAUUGUAUGGCUUGUGUGCUCCAUGGUAUGCGAUAUCAUGAUAGCAGCGUCCAUGACCAUUGUGCUGGGCAAGUCUCGAAAGAUGCUUCGUUGGUCGAAUGACAAGUACACCGAGAUGAGGCUCACACGGGUCAUCCAGCUAUCUGUGGAGGCUGGAUUCCUGACCAUGGCUGGCACCGUAAUCAUGCUGGUCUUCUUCUUUGCUGUGCCUAAGAGCCGACUAUUCACCAUCAUGGGUUUCAUCAACUCCAAGCUCUACUCCAAUUCGCUCAUGGCCCAACUCAACUACCGCGUGACCGACGCCUCGCGCGAGCCGUCCCGCCAGAACGCGAGUGGAGGAUCCGGCAGUGGUCUUACCUUCAAUUCGGGCGGUGGAGAACGUCGUAUAUCCGCUGCGGUAUUCAGCCCAUCGCGCCGUCCAAAACAGAUGAUGCGCGAACCUACACCGAUCAAGCAGAUGACCGUGGAGGGAUUCGAUGAUGUGGGAAACGCUGUACCGUUACCAGAGUUGAAAAUAGGCUCUAGAAUGUCCAUGGAGGGAUUCACUAAUAAGGAGGCAUUGGCGCGAGAAGAUUUUUCAGAGGCGGGGCAUGCCGAGGCCAUGUAG